AGAAACAGCGCAUGCUCAAACAGCCGGGCUGGGGCACGCCGUGUGGCGCAUGCGCACUGAAGAAACAAAGACGGCGCUGCUGAGCAGGGCGCGCGACCUAGCUGACUUUGAAGGAGGCGCAUGCGCAGUGAGGCGCAGACGGUCCGGGUACGGACUCCGUCGCUCAUAUGCGUGCCUGAUCCUGUCCUGCCAUGGAGGCCACAGCCGUGGAGGAGGGCGAGGUGACCUCUGGGAUGCAGUCCCUGGUGGUGGAGGAUGCCCCGGAGCUGGUGCCGGCUGCAGUGGAGGACAACAGGCUGGCGCUGGAAGAGGCAGAGGAGCAGGGGCAGGAGGAGGAGGCUGGGUGGUGUGUCCCCUGCAGCGACGAGGAGCUGGAGGGCCCAGAGACCUGGAUGCCGCCUCCUGAGGAGAUCAGGCGUCUCUACGAGCAGAUCGCAGCCGAGGGUACCCUGCCGCUCCAGGCCGAGAUCCUGCCCCGCAGGGCCCCCACCCCUGAGCCCGACAGCGAGGAGGAGGAGAGGUCCGAUGGGCAGCCUGAGAGUGAAGAGGAGGAGGAGGAGAACUCUCUCUGCUCCAGGCCCCACGUCCCGACCGAGUUUGACUUUGACGAUGAGCCUGUGACGCCCAAGAACUCCCUGAUUGAUCGCAGGAGAACACCAGGUAGGAACAGAGCUGGGGAGAGAACUCAGGAGUCCUGACUCCC